GUGCGCACAUGGAUCUGCAGACCCACACUUUGCUUGAUAUGAGUCACAGUCAUCAUUCACUGAUAUAAUUUAUAUCCUUUAAUCAGAGAAAAAGGGUUCUCUGUGGAUUAUAUCAUGGAUUGCACUCUAUAGAUGACUACAUACGGUCUCUCAUUUGUUAAAUUUCAGCUAUAUGCAGUUUUGUUUUAGUUAUUGUUGUGACUAUGUUCCGCAUAUUUUCUUUUGGGUCUUUUUGUUUUUUUACAAAAAAGAUGUUUCUUUCUUUGUUCAGCAGUAUCAGGUCGCUCCUGUUCUGAUGUGCAGUGUGUACUGCUAUCUGUGUGCUUUUAAAUUGUCAUGGAUUUUUAUUUGCAUUUCAUAUAUGAAAAGAAUAAGUUAUAAUAUGACGUGAGGGCAUGUGAUUCCACCAUCUUCAUACAUACAUACACAGAAACAGACAGACAUGAACACAAAAAAGUCACAAAAAAGUCACAAAUCACAAACAUUAACUGUACCUGCAAUGAGAUUCUGUACUGUGGCAUCAUAGAACACACUGCGAUAGAGAGGCAGCAUUUGCUCCUCCUGAGAACAUGGAUCACCGAGGAGACGUACAUUACAUUAUGUUGUGUAAGAGCUGGUGCAGAUGAUAUUAAUGCAUGUAGGUAUCAAUACAUAAAAGGUUCACACGUUAAAACGCACCUGUUUUACCAGGCAGCCUCGUCUGAUGGUGUUUCUGGGAAAGCGGUGAUGCUGGCCCACCUGUUGUUCUUCUCUGUGUGUGUGUGUGUGCGCGCGCACGCUCAUGUUCCCUCCACAUUUGGACUGUGAGAGAUAUUUAUUUUCGCUACAUGACGCUUUGCUCGGACAGCGGAGAUUCACAGGAACAUAACAGCCAUGAGGAAGUGUGCCUUCGUCAAAUUAGUCUCGUAGAGUUGGUGGACCAGCAGAGGGUGCUGAGGACGGGUUGCCUGGUGAGCGGGGUCCACACGCCACCCAUCCGGAGGAACAGCAAGCUGGCCACGCUGGGGCGCAUCUUCAAGCCCUGGAAGUGGAGGAAAAAGAAAAAUGAGAAGCUCAAGCAGAGUUCCACAGAUGUAGCAUUAUCCAGUGGUCUACUGUGCCACGACCCCAACUCUCCCACCCGGGGCUGCUGCUCGGACGACUCGGUCCUGCUUGGAGGAUUUGGGGGACCUUAUAACCCAAACCUCACGGUCAGCAGUGUGGAAUACCUUGGUCCUGAGGAGGAGCCUCCCCCCUCAGCAGCCGCCCCGCUCCAGGACUGUGAACGAGUGGAGGACGAUGUACCGCUGCCGGAGGAGGAGGGAGAGGAGAAGGUGCAUCCUGCCGGAGAUUUACCCGAGGGGCUGCAGGACAUGGGCGACCAGAUGGAAGAGAGACCAGAGGAGGAGAUUCCCCCGAAACCUUCCCCACCACAAGUACCUCCGAAACUGUUGCCUCAGCUGAGUACUGGAGAUGACUCAGGGCCUGUGUCGCUCCCCGCUCACCUGCCCAACUCCUACCUCCCCAAGGAGCCUCCACCCAGGGCCACGGAAAGCAUGGCUUCCAUGACCCUGCCGCUACGAGGGCCACUGGCCAACACCUCAGGGUCCCCACAUCUAGGCAAUAUGAUUCAUCCCCCCAUGCCCCCUAGCUGCAUCAUGGAGGAACUGCAGAGAGCGUUCGCUUCCAAGAACAGGCAGGAGAGCGUCCAUGAGGGGUGUGAGCAGGGCUCACCCCCGCGGCUGUGGUGCUCCGACGGGCGUCUCUCCCGCUCCUGCAGCUCCGAGAACCAGCACACGCUAUCUUUUGUGGGCGGCUGCGUGGGUGGCAGAGGGUCUGACUGGCCCAAGAAGGAGGCAGAGGAGAACAAGGAGAACGUGCGGCUGGACCAGUGCUUCUCCAACAGCUCAGGCCUCCCCAACGACCUGGACGGCUGGAAUGACUCCGUCAUCUCCGGCACACUUCCUCGCAGGCUGAGGAAGGAGUUGCUGGCUGUCAAGCUACGAAACAGGCCCAGCAAGCAGGAGUUAGAAGACAGGAACAUCUUCCCAGUACGGAGCGACCAGGAACGCCAGGAAAUACGCCAGCAGAUCGAAAUGAAACUGGCCAAGAGACUGAGCCAGAGGCCGAACGUGGAGGAGCUGGAGAGUCGGAACAUCCUCAAACAGAGAAAUGACCAGACGGAGCAGGAGGAGAGGAGGGAGAUCAAACAGCGGCUCAACAGGAAGCUCAACCAGCGGCCCACGGUGGACGAACUGCGGGACAGAAAGAUUCUGAUCCGCUUCAGUGACUACGUGGAGGUGGCCAAAGCUCAGGACUACGACAGGAGAGCCGACAAGCCCUGGACCCGGCUCUCAGCGGCAGAUAAGGCUGCAAUCCGAAAAGAGCUGAACGAAUUCAAAAGCACCGAGAUGGAAGUGCACGCCUCGAGCAAACACCUAACGAGGUUCCACCGGCCAUGAGGGCUGGGAGUUUCUUCUGUGAAGAAAUGCUGAGCUUGGAGGUUUUUCUAUGUCUCCGCUCAGCGGCGACAGUUCAAAGAGCCUGAAGCCCUUUUUUCGCCUCCAGCGCGUCUUCAACAUUCUUCCAGCGCACCCCUGACGAUCACACCGUCGGCCUGAGCGCUCGGGUGUGGGAGAGAGGAUGGCAGUAACGGUAGCGGCAGUGUGUCUUGGAGGCCGCGGGACGUCGCCACAUGGAAGCUGGACUUUGGCGGAGCCUCAGACUCUCUGGAUGAGAGUGGAGGGGGAAAAAAACAAUCUUGUCAUUUAGUCAGUGUUGUUUUUGUACUAUUACAUGGACUCCUUUGACAAGGCGGUGGGAAUCCCGUGUGGUGGGAAGAAGUUGUGCAUGUGACCAGUUUCACCUUUUGUUAGCUGAUGAAUAAUGUGUCACUUUGACUGUGUAAAGACUGUGCAGUCUGGAGGAGGUGGUACUGGGACUGAAUUUGAUAUCAACUGUACAUACAGUAUGUCAAUAUGAAUGGGGCCGUCAAUGUCUUCACUGAAAAGAGAAAUACCUUUGUAAGCACUACUUGUCUUCAAAAUACAAGGUCUUUUUUAAAACAAUUGCUUCUCUGCUUUUUAAACAACUUUUAUUUUCAAU